CCCGCUCCGGCUUAUGGAUAUGGCUUUACCCAAGGUGGUGCGGCCGGUGGUAUGAUACCGGCCUUGGCGAACAUGGCCUCCGGGCCUCCGGCAGUUUAUGGGGACGCGCAGCCGUAUGGAGGCCAUGUUGUGGCGCCAUAUCCCGAGGCCCCGUUGAUGACUAGUCCCUACAGCAUCGAUCCGGCGUGGAACCCCUAUGCUUCGAUUGGACAGCCCUACAACGCUUACCAAGGCUUCAAUUCAGGAUACGCUACCCAUGGCCACGGUCAAGAGGCUUAUACUCAGGCUUACGUAGCUGCUCCAGUGUAUCAUAGCCUUCUUAUUUAUCCAGAAGGGUACAACAACUACGAUAGAACUAUCGCCGCAGCCGUGACAGCUCCUAUUCCUGUCCAGACCCAGCGUGACAACAGCAUCGGCAACAGUCUCGCCUCAGUUCCCAGUUCCAGCACACCGACUAGCACCAUCAUCAACAUUGGCACACUCAACAUUGUAAACUCUGUCCAUACAGCACUCACCAUCCCCUCUCUCCCUUCCAACACUUGCAACCCUCCUAUCCUGUUGUCCACCCCCUCGCAUGGAUCCCACCCACUGCAAUUUCAGCGACAAGAGCAACAACCACGCAAAAUCACAACCGACCUCUCCAAAAAAACCUCGCAGCCGAAAACGUCUUGGGUUACAAGGCAUCAAAAAGCGGUGUGGCCAUUGCCAAUGGAAGCUAUCCUAUUACCACUGCCGAUACCACAAGAGCUGGAAAUAAGAUAG